UGUGUGCGUGUCAAAGCAGCAUGCCGCCAUGAUGGAUGGCGGGCAUUCACAUUCAGUUGAUAAGAUCGCAGCCGGGCCCUCCAUCUGCUUGGGUCAUUUGCACGAGCGUCAUUGCCGUUCUGCCUGUCACCCCGACUGCACAUGUUGGCGCCUGUCGGGGACAGUAGUCCCAUGUGCGAUCCGCUAGGGACACCACUGGCCGGCCACAGCCGACAGGACUCGACAAGCGAAGGGGCCGACUCGAUGUGGUACUUCUGUCCUGCGCUGGACGCUUUUCAGGUCGAACUCGGCGCCGACAUCCGAGAUGCAUUCCUGAGUCCAUCCAAGCAGAUCGUCCCGGUGCAAUCGGACAUGGUCUUGCCCAUCUUGCAGGGCAAGGAUCUGUCGGCGGGGUCUCCUUUGUCUUCCGAGAAGGCACCCACCAUCUCUGGCGUGUCGCCCACGCUUGACAGCUACCCCAGCCGCCCUGAACGACGACCGAGCUCGAGCAGCAGCGACGACUCGGGCAUGGCCGACGACGAGGAUGACGACGACGCCCAUGGACCGGAUGAGCUCGCGAUGUCAUCGGGGGAACCCCAAACGACGGGCCGGUGGACGAAACAGGAGCACGAGCUAUUCCUGGAAGGGCUUCGGCGGUAUGGCAAGUCGUGGAAGAGCAUUUCGAACCUUGUUGUUACACGGACGCUCGUUCAGAUUCGCACGCACGCACAAAAGUACCUACAGAAGCAAUCGAGGUCGUCCAAAGCAGGGCUGCAAUACCUGUCGGGGCCAAGACAUCUCCCUCGUCACCCCCUUCCCUUUCAUCACCACGGCGGCCUUCCGUCGCAUGUGACCAUACCGCCGUCGUUCAUGAUGGCGCACCAGCAACAACAGCAGCAUCAUUUGCAGUGGGGAGUGCUGCACGACCCCACUGCCCUCGCAUACCACCAAGACGCCAUCUACCGACACCUUUUGCAACAGCAUCACCGCCAACAUCUUCACAACCACGACAACAAUGCACUCGAUCACCUCCUUGACCAUUCGGACGAUGAAAACGACAAAAUGGAUGGCCAAAAUGCCCCCAACAACAACAACACGAGGUCGGAUGACGACGACGGAGACGACGACGACGAGCUCCCGCACAUGAUGAUGGCGUGUGUAGCCACUGGCCACCGAAGAAGUUCGGCACCAGCCGCGUCCCAGCCGUCGACGUUGAAGCACCUUGCGCCGUCGCCCGACAUGAGUCGCAGACUUAAACGGAGGCGACUCGACCCGAUGCAGCAGCACCAUGCCGUCAUGGCGUAUUUGGACCCAGCCGUGAGUCAAACCCCGUCGUCGCAGCGUUUAUCGCCACAGUACCCACCGACACAGCAAUUACUCGGAACGCCUUGUGUGUCCGCCUUGCAUACUCCACACCUCAUUUAGUCUCGACUUCCUCCACAACUUGCGUACUACCCCAUCGUACGUUGCUUGUGUAAAAUCGAAUGUAUUGAUGGUAUAUGGCACCCGCA